GCUUUUGGAAAUGAAAAUCAAAAAUUUUUGCUGUUUCACGUAUUUGGUUGAAAUUUCAAGUUCUUGUUAAGUAUUUUUAGUCUUUAUAUUCACAAUUUAAUAUUAUUAUUUUAUUCAAUUAAUCUUCUUACUUACUUGCAGAAAUACCAACUGUGCAAUGGCUCGCAGAUAUGAUACUAGAACGACGAUUUUCUCGCCAGAAGGCCGAUUGUACCAAGUUGAAUAUGCGAUGGAAGCCAUCAGUCAUGCAGGAACCUGUCUCGGUAUUCUAGCCAAUGAUGGUAUUUUGUUAGCCGCUGAGCGUAGAAAUACCAAUAAAUUACUCGAUGAAGUUUUCUUCUCAGAGAAAAUUUACAAGCUUAACGAAGAUAUGGUUUGCAGUGUUGCUGGUAUUACGUCUGAUGCCAAUGUGCUUACCAGUGAACUGAGAUUGAUUGCUCAGCGAUACGCUUUACAGUAUGGAGAAUCGAUACCCUGCGAACAAUUAGUCUCAUGGCUGUGUGAUAUUAAGCAAGCUUACACGCAAUACGGAGGUAAACGCCCUUUCGGUGUAUCAAUUUUAUACAUGGGCUGGGAUAAACAUUACGGAUAUCAAUUAUACCAAUCGGAUCCUAGUGGAAAUUACAGUGGUUGGAAAGCGACUUGUAUAGGAAAUAAUAGCGCUGCUGCGAUAUCCAGUUUGAAACAAGAGUACAAAGAAGGAGAAAUGACUCUAAAAGAUGCUCAAGCUUUAGCUAUCAAAGUUUUGAGUAAAACCUUAGAUAUGACGAAAUUAACAUCUGAAAAAGUGGAAAUUGCUAUUCUCACGAGAAAGAACGAUAAAACGAUUAUUCGUAUAUUAUCACCCAAAGAAGUCGAAGCUUUGAUUAGUGAUUAUGAAAAAGCUGAAGCCGAAGCUGAGGCAGCGAAAAAAGAAAAGGCUCAGAAGUCCGGUUGAUAAUGCAAUUUUCCGUAAAUUUGAUAUUGAACUGGUUAUUGUAAAUAUUUUUUAAUAUUAUUAUUUUAAUAAAGAAAGAUCAAUAAAUAUCGAA